AAUCCUCAGCGGCGCGGGCCGAAGUCCCAUCGAUAGAGUGGCUUGGCGCUCAGCCUUGUGUGAAGAUGCCGUAGCCCCUCACUUGCUCGUUGUUCGAGUGGAACCCAUCCUCCGCCCAUCUAUUACUCUCCUGUCGCUCAUAACCGUAGCAAAUGCUGAGCUCGGUGACGAGCCUCUGAGUCGAGAUGGCCGCCAAAAAGAAGGGCGUUGUUUUCCGUGUCACCGGUCUCCCAGCCUCGCAGCCUGACGACGAGCUUAAGGAAGCCUUGAAGGCUGCCAUCGACGACAAUCUAGCGGAGGGCGAAGAAUCGAAGCUGACCUUUAAUGCAACUAUUUUGCCCUCCUGCUAUGACAAUGAGAAGAAAGUCGCGCUAGUCGAGUUCCACGGCGGAGUGCCCGAAUUCCUGUCCGAGCUGACGGCUAACCCGCUAGACGACUGGCAGGUCGAGAUGGGCGACACGGAUAUCGAUUUCGAUCGACACUUCUUUGGGUUCACCCAACUCUAUAUGCCAAAGCCAGACUCAACGGUUACCGCAGACAUAAUCGCUAUCACGGGCCUCGAUGGGCACGCAUAUGGCUCAUGGAGGGGCAAAGGAAACCUUGGGCGCAUGUGGCUGCGCGACUUCCUGUGCAAGGACAUGCCAUGCUGCCGCACGAUGAUCUACGGCUACAACUCGAAGUUGUUAACGCAUAGGGUCGACACAAUCAUGGACUACGGCCAAGGGUUGCUGGAGGAGCUCAAGAAGAUAAGGAAUACAGAGGAACUAAGAAAGCGGCCUCUGUUCUUUAUCGCGCAUAGUUUUGGUGGCAUUAUCCUCGCUCACUGCCUUAUUAAAGCUGUCCAGGCAGACGAAGACGACCAUCCAACAAUAGCAUCUCUAUAUAGAGCCACAUACGGCAUGCUUCUGUUUGGAAUCCCACAUAAGGGCCUAGUAGUAGACGAUAUUCAGAAGAUAGUGGCAGGACAGGAUAAUCAUCCGCGGGGUGCUCUACUUGAGCAGAUCAAAAGUAAAUCUGACCUUUUAGCUUUUCAGCUAAUGUCUUUCAGAAAUCUCAUCCGAGACCGAAAGGUCGUAAGUUUCUUUGAGAUGGGCCAGACAAGACAGCUCGAGUUUGAUAGUGAAAGCAGUUGCUGGAGAAGGACCGGCGACUUUGUUACGGUCGUAGAUGCCGAUUCAGCUCUUCUCCAGCUGCCAGACUCAACGGAGGACAAGAUCCCUCUAGAUGCCGAUCACUCAAUUAUGGUGAAAUUUAAUAAUAAGAGCGACCUAGGCUAUAGUAGCGCGCGGGAUAAGCUUAGACAGUUUGAGCAGGAUGCCACCAGCGUGGUUGCAGCGCGGUUCUUGCGAUCACAAAACAAACUUAAGCCUUCCAUAAUGGUUCCAUUCCAAAGAGAUAGCGCAUUCGUCGGCCGAGAGGAUAUUCUAGUGAAAAUAAGUGAGAAAUUCAAGGAGGCCGCGUCACAGGAUCACAGUCGAGUAGCUCUCGUUGGUCUAGGCGGCGUAGGGAAGUCUCAGAUUGCUAUUGAAUAUGCAUACAGAGUGAGAGAGUCAGCACCCCAGACCUGGGUGUUCUGGGUACAUGCGAGCAACGCCGGCCGAUUUAAGCAGGCUUAUACAAAUAUUGCCGCCAAGAUUGAGCUGCCCGGCCGGGACGAUCCGAAUGCUGAUAUUCUUCGCCUUGUGUAUAACUGGCUCAGCGACGAGCGGAACGGCCGCUGGCUUAUAAUACUUGACAACGCCGACGACGACCAGGUUUUCCAUUCCACUAGCGAAGUCUCAGGCAGCGCCGCGCAAGCAACAGACGUGGCGGCGCCCUUAGCAAGCUUCCUUCCGCAGUCUUCGAACGGAUGGGUACUGGUCACCUCACGAGACCUAGCUGCAGCAAUGAAUCUCGUGGGAAUAAGGGACAAUGUGUUUCAUGUAGAGCCAAUGCCGGAGGAAGAGGCGCUAAUGCUGCUGAAGACCAGAGUCUCGGUCAGCAAGGCCUUUGAAGACGAUGCAAAAACACUCAUACAGAUACUAGAAUACAUCCCCCUUGCUAUCACUCACGCAGCGGCGUAUAUUGCAGUGCGAGCGCAAACAAUCACAGUCUCGACUUACCUUGAGCUCUUCCGUGAGAGUGAGGAGAACCAAGCACACCUCCUAAGCAGCCAAGAAUCAAGGGACAUGCGGCGAGACGGCAGCAUCUCUAGUGCGGUCGUCACCACCUGGCAGAUUUCGUUCGAACAGAUCCAGAAGAUGAGGCCUGAAUCUGCGGAGCUACUUUCGCUCAUGGCCAUGUUUGACAGGCAGGGGAUUCCGCAGUCUAUUCUGUACGAUGGCAAAAGCAGGCUUCAGUUUGAGGAUGCAGUCGCACCGUUAACAAGCUUCUCUCUGAUUAAAGUCCAGAGCGUGAAGCAACUAAAGCAGCAAGUCGGGGAGCAUCUGUUUGAGAUGCACGACUUAGUUCAGCUGGCGACGAGGAAGUGGCUAGAAGAGCAGAUGCAGUUGGGCAGGUGGCAGAAGGCGUCACUACGGGUCAUGGCUGCUUCCUUCCCAGAUGGGAGCUACGAGACAUGGGCAGCUUGUCGAGCUGUUCUUCCGCAUGCGCGAAAAGUGUUCGGCCACAUUCUAGAAGAUAUAGAGGCAACACUAGAUCGAGCAUUGGUUGCAGAUAGCAUGGCAUGGUAUCUUUACAACGCAAAAGAGUGCGCAGCAGCGGAGCCUCUUGUGCGGACUGCAAUAAUUGAAAGGGGGAGGGUGCUUGGAGAAGAACACAUAGAGACGAUUUCUAGUCUCAGCCUGCUUGGGUCAGUGUUAGAGGAGCAGGGUAAGUACAAAGAGGCGGAAGCAACGCAGCGGCAAGCUCUAGAAGGAUAUAUUAAGGCUAUUGGAGAAGAGCACACAGCGACGCUUACUAGUGUCAGGCUUCUUGGCUUAGCGUUAGAGAGGCAGGGGAAAUACGAAGAGGCAGAAGCGAUGCACCAGCGAUCUGUAAAAGGGUUGGAGAAGGUGGUUGGAGAAGAGCACAUAGAGACUCUCAUGAGCGUCACCGCCCUUGGGUUGGUAUACAGGUUGCAGGGCAAGUUCGAAAAGGCGGAAGCGAUGCAGCGGCGAGUUGUAGAGGGAUAUAAGAAGGUCGUUGGAGAAGAGCACCCAUACACGCUUAUUAGCAUUGCCCAGCUUGGGUUAUUGUUUGAGCUGCAGGGCAAGUAUGAAGAGGCGGAAGCAAUUCAGCGGCAAGCUCUAGAAGCAAAGAUGAGGAUUUUGGGGGAAGAUGAUCUAAGCACGCUUAUUAGCAUUGGCCAGCUUGGAUUGGUGUUAGAUCAGCUGAACAAGUAUGAAGAAGCAGAAGUAAUGCAGCGGCGAGCUCUAGAAGGAUAUAUGAAGGUUGUUGGAGAGGACCACCCAAACACACUUGUUUGCAUGACUAACCUAGCAGCCUUGUUGUUGUCUCAGAGGCGGCUAAAGGAGGCGGAAGACAUGGCAAAGCGAUCAAUAGAUGCGAUGGAAAGAUUAUUUGGGCGUGAAAACCCAGACACGAUAGCAACCAUGCAGAUCCUUGCGACCACGCUAAAACUCCAAGGCCGCAUUGAGGAAGCUAUUUCACUAAUAGAGACUUGCUUUCAACUGCGAGAACGGGUCCUUGGCCGUCAUCAUCCCCACACGGAAAAUGCCCUUAAGAAUUUGAAUAAGUGGCGGAUGGAGAAUAUAUAGAUAGGGAGUUAAUGGUACCAAUGAUUUCCUCCUUGCCCC